AUGGGUACCAUCACCACGGUGUGUCCCAGCACCAUGGUGAGUCCCACCAUCAUGACAUAUCCCACCAUCAUGGCAGGUCCCACCAUCAUGGAACAUCCCAUCAUCACGGUGAGUCCCACCAUCAUGGUGGACCUCACCACCUUGAUGAAUUCCAAGACUUUCAUGACAAUGCCCCCUCCCACCAUUCCCCCCACUCCCACCAUUCUCCCCACUCCCAUCACUCCCACCACUCCCAUCACCAUGGUGAGGCCCACCAACCUGGUAGAGCCCACCAUCUCACAUCCCUUGCCCUGGCUCCUUCUCAUAGCACUAUCUUCUCCCAUCAUUCUCUUGGUGAGGGCCCCUUUGAUGGUGAGCACCACCAUGGUAGUAGAAGACAUCAUGGUAGGCCCCACCACCAUGGUGAGCCCUAUCACCAUGGGGGGUCCCACCACCACGGGGGGUCCCACCACCACAGUGAGCCCUACCACCAUGGUUUCCCACCAUAGUGGGCUCCAUCACCAAGGUGAGCCUUACUACCAUAAAGAUUCCUACACGUAUGGUGGCCCUCACCAUCACAGUGAGGCCCAUCACCAUGGUAGGCACCAUCAUCAUGAAGCCCACCACCACAGAGGGCCUCUUCAUCAUGGAGAGCCCUCUUCCCACCAUGAGCACCACCAUGGCCACCACAGCAAGCACCACCAUGGCCACCAUAGUGAGCACCAUCACAGGGAGCACCACCACGGCGAGCACCACCAUAGUGUGCAUCGUUAUGAUUAUCUCCAUGGUGAUCACCGCUACAGGGAGUACCAUCAUGGUAGCUCCCAAGUCUUUGGCUCACACAAGUCUCAUAGUGUGGCCAGAGCCUCCUUUGGCUCUUCCUUUUCUCAUUCAGUAGCCCUCCAACCUAGCAUGGUACAGGCACAGCGCUCAGCCUUUAGCUUGACUCGUUCCCACAGUGCAGUGCGCUCACAUGCAUCCCAGGGGUCCAGCAAAGUCCAUCCUCAGGAUUCCUCCUCUAAAACUUCCUCGGAAAGCUGGGUAGAAGAAGAUGAGCAAUUUCAGAAGCGCAAAACCACCAGAGCUCAGCGGGCCCACAAGAGGCUGCACACUGUGGACCUCUUCUAUAGGUUGUGGGAAAAAUUAAGCUACCUCAUUAAGGGCCUCCGGAGAAUGCUUAGGAAACUGACUCAGUCCCUGCCCUUUGAAACCUUCAUCUUCCUCGUUGUCUGCCUCAACACUACCAUGCUUGUGGCACAGACCUUCGCCGAAGUUGAGAUCCGGGGUGAGUGGUUCUUCAUGGCCUUGGACUCCAUUUUCCUCUGCAUCUACGUGGUGGAAGCUGCGCUCAAGAUCACUGCUCUGGGCUUCAAGUAUUUUUCUGACUCCUGGAACGAUCUGGACUUCUUCAUCAUGAUCAUGGCUAUGCUGGACUUCAUGCUCUUACAGUACAACUCCUCCUCCUUCGUCUACCACCAAAGCGUCUUCCGGAUCUUCAAGGUUUUCAAGAGUUUGCGGGCCCUGAGGGCCAUCCGGGUCCUCCGGAGGCUCAGCUUCUUGACCAGCCUCCAGGAAGUGACCGGGACUCUGGCGCGGUCCUUGCCAUCCAUCACCGCCAUCCUCAUCCUCAUGUUUACCUGCCUCUUCCUCUUCUCAGUGGUGCUUCGGGCUCUGUUCCGUCAUUCUGACCCCAAGCGCUUCCGGAGCAUCCUCUCCACCAUCUUCACCCUCUUCACCAUGCUCACCCUGGAUGACUGGUCCCUCAUCUACCUGGACAGCCGGGCCCAGGGCGCCUGGUACAUCAUCCCCAUUCUCAUGAUUUACAUCAUCAUCCAAUACUUCAUCUUCCUCAACCUGGUGAUUGCUGUCCUGGUGGACAACUUCCAGAUGGCUCUGCUCAAGGGCCUGGAGAAAGUAAAGCAGGAGAGGGCCGCCCGGAUCCACGAGAAGCUACUGGAUGACCCACUGACCGAACUCAGCAAAUCAGACCCUGAAGAGGUGGUGAGUGAACACACCAAACAGAAGCAGCUCAUCGAGAAAAAAUUUGGGACUAUGACUGAGAAGCAGCGGGAACUCCUUUUCCACUUCCUGCAGCUGGUGGCCGGCGUGGAGCAUCAUCAACAGAAAUUCCGCUCCCAGGCGUCCGUUCUUGAUGAGAUUGUGGACGCUGCGUUUGAGGCUGGAGAAGAGGACUUCAGGAAGUGACCCCUGGAUGCAGAGAGACACGGGAUGCGGAUUGCAGCCUCUGGCAAGCUGCCCACUGCUGUGGGUCAAGACAAGUCCCCCGAUCUACUGGAAUGAUCAUCGGGCCUGCAGGACCGGGCCCUAACAGAGUUUUAAACCCCCAAAUGGCUCUGUGUCCUCCCUGGCUAAGCCAAGGCACAGGGCAGGGGAACUGUGCACUGCUGGUGUGUGUGUGUGAGAGAGAGACAGAGGGAGUGUUGUGUGUGAGAGGCGCUCUUCCUGGUCCUCUCCAGGGCCCGCAUUCCAGCUCGGGCCCGCAGUGCAUCGGCAGCGGCCAGAGCGGUGACUCAGAAAGGGGGCCAGGCUCAGGGCUGGAGGGGUGAGUGGGCAGUCACCUUGCUUUCGGGAAGAAGGUCCAUCUGGCCCAGGAG